AUGGCAGCCAACCCGGAAAUCCUCGUGCACGUUGAGGCUCCCAGCGCGGUCAGUGACGAUGCUCGAUAUCGCGCUCUUGUCGACACAUGCCUAGCCUUCGAACCCGUAUCGCGUCACUCCGGAUUUUACCUACAAAAUAAUACCGAUGGAAGCGACCUUGGGGUGAGCGUGGAUAAAUCGCGUUCGUUUGUGUCAUUGUCCUCGUCGUCGAGCGGUCAACCGUCAUUGUCCGCUCGCUACCAUGAGACGGUUUCGAUCAACUCAGGUGACGAUCUGGAUAGCCUAGUCAAAUCGGAUCAAUUCGAUAAGCUGGAGCCUACUCAGCAUAUUGAAGCAAGACUUGAACUAUCCAGGAACACCGCGCAGCUCGUUGGGUCGUCUCUUGCUCCUGUUUCAACAGAUGAGAGCGAGCUUUCCUUCCAACCUCUGAUACCGCUCACGUCGCAAACCGGAACCGGGAACACGCCGAACUCGCUCGAAGAUUUGGAAUCUACCAGUAGCAACGUUAGUGGACUUAAGGCCGAUCAAAUUCACGGCGGGCAACUCACAUGGGAGACGCCACUGAAAAUUAUACCGGACUCACAGCAAGACGAAGAAGCUGAUCAGACGACCGUUGAUGAUUCAAUUCAAGUUGAUCGCUCAUUUGUCCCUGAUUCGGCUCGUCAAUCCAGGAAGUUCGCUCUCGACAGCACAGAAGACGAUCCUAAUAAUGAUAUAACACGAAUACCUUCCUCGGUACCUAGUCCGAGCCCAAUAGAGUCGUUCUCUAAUUCCCAGGCUCAUAUGACGUCUCGUAAAAUAUCCAACUCACCUCUACGGGAAAAGUCGUCGAACCUACAAACCCUAAAGGCGAAUCCAUCCGUUUCUGCGAGCGUUCUCGGGAAAAGAAAAGCGGUUACAAACGGCAGCAGUUCUCAAGACUCGCAUAGUGGAGAGUUGAAAGCGCAAACCUCCUUGAAUUCGCAACCUAACAAACGCCCAACGCUUCCCCGGGCCACCGAAACCAUAUCUCUAGACAACCUUCCCAUUGAAAUUCGCGCCCCAGAUCCUCCAGUGUCCAAUGACAAAUUUUCCACACAUAUCACGCCUACGCUUAAGGCUUUAGCAGAGCGCAUGAAGCAAUCAUCCCGAUUCACCCCAAGGUCACAGAACCGCGAGCUACGUCCUCUAGAAAGAGGAUACUGGUUUCUACCAUGCAUUACGAUCAUAGCGGACAUUAGCGGUAAUGCAGCUUCUGACAUCGAUACAAAGUCGCAAAUCUGGACGCAAACUUUUUUCACUCAAUUUUGGUGCUUUAUUCGCGAUUUCCUCACUGAGGGCCGUGCUGGGUGGGGGAUAUGGUGUCUCCUCGAGCAUAAUUCAUCCGCUUUUUCCACAAGCGCAGAAUCCAAAAUUGUGAAUUUGAAACUGUACACAUGGGGCGAAGUGGCGCCUCAUCUGUAUUUGUUACUUUUCCUUGCCACAGAAAGACGAAUCAAAAAGAUGAAGGGUGUUGUGUGGAGAGAUGCGAGAGAUGAGAACGUUAUAACGAUGUGA